AUGAAAACUCUUUUCAUUGUGUUGCUAUCAUUACUUUUGGCAAGAGCCGAGAUAUCUAAUAGGAAUAGUGGCGUAUACAAAGCAGAAGAAGAAUAUCGAGCUAAUCAAUCAUCACUUCUAAGAAGUUUAUUAGAUAAGUGUGAUCCAUUUAUCACUCCCGUACAUAACAGUUCUUCACGAAUACAACUAAUGGUGGUGUACGGACUCAUUUCAAUUACUGGGUUGAACGCGCAAGAACAGACAUUACAGACCUUAUCAUAUUUGCAGGUUGCUUGGCAAGAUAACUUAUUUAGAUGGAAUUCUGAUGGAAAUAUAAAUGAUUAUUUUAACGUACCAAGCAAACUUAUUUGGACUCCUCCUAUAAUUGUUGCAAAUGCUGUUGAAGAUACGCUUGCUGAAAAUAUGAUCAAUGGUGUAUCUAAAAUAAGUAGCGACGGCGAGAUAUAUGUUGCUCCACUAUUACGAUCCAAAACGACUUGUCGAGUAGAUAUCUCAAGAUUUCCAUUCGAUACGCAAAUUUGUGAAAUUCGACUUGGAUCGACUUCCAGCGAGGUACAAAUAUGUGCUUUGUCUGAUGAUUUAACUAUAUUCGAACCUAGUAAUGAAUGGGAACUGUUGAAUUUGACAAGUAAGCCAAUUUCAUUGUACGAACAAGAAAAGAGGGGUGGUUUCGUAAGAUUUGUGUUAAGAAGAAGAUGGUUUUUCUACCUUAUAAAGAGUGUCAUCCCAUCUUAUGCUUUGUCUUUCAUUAAUGCCUUUGUAUUUUUGCUACCAGCUGAAAGUGGUGAAAGAAUGACCAUGUCUAUAUCCAGUUUUUUGUCUUACGCUGUCUAUGUUACCUACAUACACGAAUCAUUGCCAUCAAAUUCAGAUACAAACUGUUAUUUCUUGGUUUAUCUCUGUGCUAUGAUGGUAAUUUGUGCUUGUAUUAUUUUGGUGUCGGUUUUCAGUUUAAAACUUUACGAGAAAGCUAAAGAAGAAAAAGUACCUAAUUGGAUGACACGAUUACUUAGUGGCAAGAACUCUAAAGCCAUAGACCCUAGCGAAAAGAGCCAAGUCGUUUCCACAUUAGCCGUGUCAAUAGAAAUAAGCAAGCGUUUUGAUAAAUGCUGUUUCUUCUUGUUCUUUACUAUAACUUUGGUAACUACUGUUGCCCUUUCUAUUUUAUAUAGAACAUAA